CCACUCCUCAGUCCUCAGUCCUCACUCAAACAGUGUGUGCGCGAGAGUGCGGCGAUACUCACGCGCCGUAGAUCAUCUGUGACGUAGGGAAUGAACGUUUGACUCACUCCAUUGUGCACAAAAUGACAAAAGUGGACAAAGAAUCGUUGGCUGGUCCUGUGGACUCUAAACCUAUCAUUGUUGACAGGAGCCACAAGGUGAAUAUCGCCCCUACGCACCAUAAGACCCUCACCCAUUUGCCUAAACGACCCCCAGUGGACUUGGCUUUUACGGAUCUUACAUACAAUGUGCAGGAAGGAAGGAAAAGCAAUGUCAAGACGAUUCUCAAGUCGGUCUCAGGAAGGCUGCGGUCGGGUGAGCUUACAGCAAUCAUGGGACCCUCUGGCGCGGGAAAAUCUACCUUGCUCAACAUUCUUACUGGCUACAAAACGUCUGGUAUGGAAGGCAGUAUAACAGUAAAUGGCAUGGAACGCAACCUGUCUAGCUUCCGCAAGCUCUCCUGUUAUAUUAUGCAGGAUAACCAGUUGCACGGUAACCUGACUGUCGAGGAAGCCAUGAAAGUGGCUACGUCACUCAAACUGCCCAGCACCACGUCAAGGGAAGAUAAGGAGGAAGUGAUUCAAGAGAUCCUCGAAACACUUGGUCUGGCCGAUCAUCUGAAAACAAUGACUUCGAAUCUGUCUGGAGGACAAAAGAAGCGUCUUUCAAUCGCGUUGGAGCUGGUUAACAACCCACCGAUUAUGUUCUUCGACGAGCCAACAUCUGGUCUCGACAGUUCUUCUUGCUUCCAAUGUAUCUCCUUGUUGAAGACAUUGGCGAGUGGUGGCAGAACCAUUAUUUGUACCAUUCACCAGCCAUCUGCGCGUUUGUUUGAGAUGUUUGACCACUUGUACACGCUCGCUGAAGGCCAAUGUGUUUAUCAAGGCAGUACUGGACGGCUAGUGGAAUGGCUGGGCAGCUUGAACCUGCAGUGUCCGUCAUACCACAACCCGGCAUCAUUCAUCAUAGAAGUAUCGUGUGGGGAGUAUGGCGAGAACACGAGCAAACUUGUCCGGGCUAUUGAAAAUGGAAAGAAUGAUAUCAGAAAUGGAAAACCAUUCCCAAUUCAACCGAAUUACAAUAACCAAAAAGAUAUGGAGGACUCUGCGAAGAGCGCAAUAGGAUGGAACGUAAACGACGCGUCCCAAAUAAGAGAUAAAUUCGCCGGGGACGUACCAAAUGGUGCUAAUGGGGCAAACGGCACGAAUGGUACGAGUAAUUUGCAGAAUGGUUUAUUGCAGUUUGCCGCUAAUGAAAUUUCUAAGGGUAGUAAAGCCGAGCCACUGGUCGUACAAAUGGACACAGAGAAGCAAGACAAUGCUGAAGUGGCCCUUUUAGGCACUGAUGGUUCCCCGCGUAGAUAUGCCACAUCCGAAGGCAAACAAUUCUGGGUUGUGCUUAAAAGGACUUUGCUUUUCAGUAGAAGAGAUUGGACACUUAUGUACCUGCGUCUGUUCGCUCACAUUUUGGUCGGCUUCUUGAUCGGUGCUCUCUACUACGAUAUUGGUAACGACGGCUCCAAGGUGCUCUCAAAUCUCGGUUUCCUUUUCUUCAAUAUGCUGUUCCUCAUGUACACUUCUAUGACCAUCACUAUAUUGAGUUUCCCUCUAGAGAUGCCUGUGCUAGUAAAAGAACACUUCAACCGAUGGUAUUCGCUGCGAUCUUAUUAUUUGGCUAUCACCGUUUCCGAUAUUCCCUUCCAGGCGAUAUUCUGUAUAAUCUACGUGGUGAUAGUAUACCUGCUGACGUCACAACCUCUAGAGUGGUUCCGGUUUUCGAUGUUCCUGUCUUCGUGUCUGCUUAUAUCGUUUGUGGCGCAAAGUGUUGGACUUGUUGUGGGUGCCGCUAUGAAUGUGCAGAACGGAGUAUUCCUUGCGCCAGUGAUGUCGGUUCCAUUCCUGUUAUUCAGUGGUUUCUUUGUGUCGUUCAACGCGAUACCUGUAUACCUGCGAUGGAUCACCUACGUUUCGUAUAUUCGAUACGGUUUCGAAGGAACUGCACUAGCCACGUAUUCCUUUAAUAGGACUAAUCUUGCGUGUCAUCAGGCCUACUGUCACUUUAAGAAACCAGAGAUAACACUAGAAGAGCUGGACAUGACAGACGCAGACUUCACACUCGACAUAGCAGCGUUGUGCCUCAUUUUCUUACUACUUCGUAUUUCUGCAUUCCUCUUCCUUCGUUGGAAACUCCGCUCCACUAGAUAGGUUAUUAGACAUAGAAGUACACGGAAAUUUUGCCACUUUUGUGGACGCAUGUGCUUGGUUUUAAUUAACUACGUUGUAGUUAUUAUCUAUUAAAAAAAAACUGUGUUUUGAAUCACAAAAAAAUAAUAAAAGUCUAUGAAUAAAAAGUAUCAAUAAAAUGCUUUGAAUUUAAUGUAAAAUUAAUAAAUAUGUAUUCCUUAUAAGAAUACAAAAAUUUUCGUGUACUGUUUUCACUGAAGUUAUAGUUAGUCGGUGAUAAUGUGAUAAUAUAAUUCCAAUGUGAUGUAAGAACAAUUAUUAUACGUAUUUUGUAAAUUACGCUGCUAAAAUUAUUGAGGUUUGUUUACCAAAACUUCGCUGAAAAUAUAUUUUCUUUUAUGUCUAUACUCAAUGACUUGAUCGCGGUUAUAAGGCUGAAUUCUUCUGUACCCCAAUCGUUUUUGUCGGUUUAAAUUAAAAAAAAAACAUUUUCACGUGUUUACACAGAUUAUAAAAUAAUGAAACUAUUGCGACUGUCACGUUUUUGUUACAUGGUCACUAAUUAUUGCCACAUGGUCAUCAAUUAAUAGCGCAUGGUCACUAGUUAUGAUGUUAAAAAUAAGAAACUUUCUUGGGACACAGUUGCUUAACCGACCUAAAAGUAAAUGAAAAGUUACUUUUACAUGAUGAAGCUGCCGUGUUUUGCCUUAUUAAAAAAUAUACAAAUUUUAUUCAUUUAAUACUAUUAAUUAUGAAUGACUCAUAUGUACUGAGAUUUGAUGGUCACAAAAUAUAUAUUCUACUUGAAUUGAUUUAAUGAUAUUUUCCCAUUAAUAAUAGUAUUUGGAUUGGCGAACAAAGAAAAAGAGUCGACUAGCUUCAAAUCUUGCCUUUAACUUGCCAUCCUAUGAAGUUUUUGAGACUUGUAAUCAGCCAAUAUAAAUGGACUGUCAAAGCAAGAGAUAAUGUCUCUAACGUAUAGCUGUAUUUAAAAAUGUGGUUACCGUCGCAUUUUAAGGAAUUAUAAAUUGCUCAAUAUAAGCCUAAAUGUUCUAGUUAUAUAAAUGUUCGAAAAAUAUUGUAUACAAAUUCGGCCAUUACGAAAUUUAGUAAUAUAAGUAACUUAAUUAGGGAUCACGGUUUAUAUUGUACUUAGUUAAGUAAAUGUUUAGAUUAUGGUCCAAUAUUGUUGGUUAUAUGUAAUUUUAUAUAUUUUUAAUAAAUGGUUUAAAUAUA